AUGGCUGAUAUACAAGGUUAUUUAGUAAAGCAAGGUGGAUCAAUUAAAACUUGGAAAAAAAGAUGGUGUGUUUUAAAGAAUGGGUCAAUAUUUUAUUCAAAAAAAGCAAAUAGUGGUGAAUUAGGUAUCAUUCAUUUAAAAUGUGUUAGUUCAGUAGUUGCAAGUACAAAAAAGAAGAAUAAUUGCUUUGAAAUCGAAACACCAGAAAGAACUUAUUAUAUGAAAGCACCAUCACCACAGGAUAUGAAUCAAUGGAUCGAAGUAUUAAAUCAGCAUUUAAAGAAACUAAAGGAACAAAGCAAUGGCGCAAACGGAUUGGCAAAACCAGAGCGUAUUACAGUGGAAGAUUUCGAUUUAUUAAAAGUUAUUGGUAAAGGAAGUUUUGGCAAAGUAAUGCAAGUUAGAAAAAAAGAUAAUAAUAAGAUAUACGCAAUGAAAGUUUUAAACAAGAAUAACAUUCUAGAGAGAAAAGAGGUCGAUCAUACACGUGCAGAAAAGAAUAUACUCCAAAAAUUGGUUCACCCAUUCCUUGUAAAUUUAAAUUAUAGUUUUCAAACCAACGACAAGCUCUACUUUAUCAUGGAUUAUGUGAAUGGUGGAGAGUUGUUUUUCCACUUGCAGAACGAGGAAAAGUUUGACGAAUCGCGUGUAAAGUUUUAUUGUGCAGAGAUCGUUUGUGGUUUAGAGUAUCUUCAUAAUUGCGGCGUUCUUUACCGUGACUUGAAGCCAGAGAAUAUUUUAUUGACCGAAGAUGGCCACAUUUGUAUGACCGAUUUCGGCAUCAGCAAAGAAGGUUUGCUCUCUGACAACGAUCGUACCAAAACUUUUUGUGGAACACCAGAAUAUUUAGCCCCAGAGAUUCUCAAAGGAAACUCCUAUGGUAAAGCGGUCGAUUGGUGGAGUUUUGGCACCCUGGUAUACGAAAUGCUUUCUGGUUUACCUCCAUUUUACUCUCAAGACGUAAGAGAGAUGUACAAUAAAAUUAUAAACGAAGAAUUAAAAUUCACACCUCAAUUCUCUGCAGAGGCCAGAGAUUUCAUAUUGCUCCUCCUAGAGAGAGACCCAAAUAAAAGACUAAAAGAUCCAAAAAUUAUUAAAUCCCAUCCUUUCUUCAAAGGUGUCGAUUGGGAUAAAUGUUUAAAGAAAGAAUUAACUCCACCAUUCAUACCUCAAGUCAAUGGUAAAGCUGAUACAAGUCAAAUCGAUAGUGGCUUCCUUGUUGAAACUGCCAAAUUAUCUUUAGAUCCAACAAGUUUAAGUUCCUCAAUGCAAAAAAAUUUUGAAGGUUUUACAUUUAUAAAUGUUAAUGAACAUUUAAAUACUUAA